GAAAUCGGUACUGAUUGGUCGUUCGGCUGCCUUUAGUCAGUAAAGAUUUCUCCGCUGCUGUUCCGGGAUACCAGCAGCAGAAAAGAUUCAACAUGGACCUUGUCCUGAAUGUUGCUGACUACUACGUCCUCACUCCGUAUGUGUACCCGUCAUCGUGGCCAGAGGAUGGAGCCCUGCGGCAGAUCAUCAGCCUGCUGUUGCUGACCAACCUUGGCGCUGCCAUCCUGUACCUGGGCCUGGGAGCCAUGAGCUACUUCUUUAUCUUUGACCACAAUCUGAUGAAACACCCACACUUCUUGGAGAAUCAGGUUCGGAGGGAAAUCAAAUAUGCGAUGACCUCUCUGCCCUGGAUCAGUAUUCCCACUGUGGCCCUGUUUUUCGCUGAAGUCCGAGGUUACAGCAAACUGUACAACAGCGUCAGUGACUCUCCGCUCGGAUGGCCUGGGCUUUUCCUCAGUAUGAUCUUCUUCCUGUUCUUCACCGACAUGUGCAUCUACUGGAUUCACCGCUUCCUGCACCACAAGCUUAUUUAUAAGCUGUUCCACAAACCGCACCACCUGUGGAAGGUCCCGACUCCCUUCGCCAGCCACGCCUUCCACCCAGUAGAUGGCUUCAUGCAGGGGCUCCCAUACCACAUCUACCCCUUCCUCUUCCCUCUCCACAAGGUGCUCUACUUGGCACUAUACAUUUUUGUCAACAUCUGGACCAUCUCCAUCCAUGACGGCGACUACCGCGUCCCCGGAGGUCUGAUCAGCAUCAUCAAUGGCUCAGCCCACCACACCGACCACCACCUCUUCUUCGACUACAACUAUGGCCAGUACUUCACUCUGUGGGACAGGCUGGGAGGCUCCUAUCGGCACCCGUCAGCUCUGAUGGGGAAGGGUCCUCAUGAUAUGAUCCGCAAACUUCAAGCUGAGGGAAAGUUACACAGUGACAGGGCAAAGGGGCAAGUGAACGGACAGCGAGAACUCACAUAUAAGGAUGAAUAAUUAUAACCGCUGAAAGUGAUCACUAUUUUUGUAAAGACAAUUUGCUACACCCGAACAGAUUGGAGAAUAGUUCAUGUAUGUGCCAAAUGAGCCAUGGUGAGAUUUUGAAUUCGAGGGGAGAAGGGGCAUCAUAUUGGGAUUACUACAUUCCACCAGUCAAAUCCACAGGUAGUAGCCAGACUGACAUCUGGAACUGGGGUUAUUAUUUAGCAUUACUUGAUACAAUACAAUCAACAAAAUAGUAUACAGAAUAUAUAAUGGUAUAUAGAAUAGUAUAAUACUUGAGAUGCAACAAAAAGUUGGAGCUCCUGGAGCUGCUACACAAUCAGUAACAGAUAUAAGCCAUAACUGGGAGUUUUAACAUAAAGACUUUGAGCUGGAAUCACGAAAUGCAAAAGUUUCUGUAAUUAACACAUCAGUGACACUUCGGACUGAAUCUGAAAAAUGUGCAUAAAAGAAACGCUGCUAUAUUUUUUAAACUCUUCUUAUAAUUGUCCAUUCUCGCUACUCCACUAGGCAGACUUUGUUCCUCCUUUGUUAUAUACUUAAACAUGAGAAAUGUGACUCUGUAAAAAUAAACAUAUUGAGGCGCCUCUUAAAGGUUGAAAUUAGGUUAAAUUAUACAAAAAAUCAUUUCACAUGUACAUAUCCAAUACUGUUCAAAAGUUUGGGGUCACCCAGACAAUUUCAUGUUUUCUAUGAAAGCAUUUUUUUUAAAUCAUCCAUUAGCCUUUCAACACAAUUGCACAAUGCACUAUUAGAACACAGGAGUGAUGAUUGCUGGAAAUGUUCCUCUCAAUCCCUGUGUAGAUAUUCCAUGAAAAUCAGCCUUUUCCAGCUAGAAUAGUCAUUUACCACAUUAACAAAGACUAGACUGUAUUUCUGAUUAAUUCGAUGUUAUCUUCAUUGCAGAAAACUGCUUUUAUUAAAAAAAUUAGGACAUUUCUAAGUGACCCCAAGCUUUUGAACAGGAGUGUAAUAAUUGUGUCUGUUACAGUUUAGCUGUUAGAAGGACAUUUUCCCAAAAAUCACUGUGGCAAAAGCUGAAAAAGCAAAUGAAAAUAAAUAAUCAAUGACUGGAAACUUUUUAAAUGCCAAGAAAGCAUGGCAAAAAUUGUGCUUGCAAGACACAUGGUUGGUCACCUUCACCUUGGAAAAUAAGGAACGUGGGUUUUUUGGGAUAUAUAUUGGUACCACAGAUCUUCUGAGGUAACACUACAGUGAAGGCGUUAAGAGUUUUCAUUUUAAAUUAAAAUUUUCAGUUGUCAAUCCAUUGAACUCAAAUCAGAUCCAACUUCACAAACGCUUCAGCAAACUUCUCAUGAUGAUAUGAACAUACAAGGCGCCACUGAAAAGUUACAAGACAAAUCAAGAGGAAAAUUAAAACAGUACCUGGUUUGAAUCUGGUCACCAUGUGCUUCAAAGUAGUCUUUGCGCCUCAGUCAGGUUUCAAAGUCCAAAUCCUUAUCUGAAAAAACUGGGUCCAUUCGGUGAAUUUGAAUUUGAUUUUAAUUUUGGCACUAUACAUCAGUUGCACAACAUGCUUCUUCCACCAGUUUGGUUUCAGUUCGUUUGACCAACCUGUGCAUCAUCAAGUGCCUCGGUGCCGUUCAGUAACUUUUAAUUUCAGAUAAGUGGCAGGUCUCUGUCCCGAGUGACAUCUUGAAGUAACAAAACAAAGACGAGAAAAGAGAAGGGAUGUUUGGCAGCACUGACAGGAGGUUGAACUCAUGAUGGAGAUGCUCUGGAUGGAUGUAGAAGCUGAAAAAGUCACAGGGAGCUAAGUGGCAUGACUAGGGGGCUUUGAAACCAACAAUUGUGUGGUUGUGGCUGAAAAACCUCCACAAAACCCCAGCAACCACAUACCAUCAGGUAAUUUACACCAAGUGUUCUCCCUCAAAGGUGUCACAAUGUUACAGUAGGACCUUGAGGAUGAUUUGACAGUGCACAACAAUGUAAAUGUCAAGAAACUGACUAAUUCAGUGUUGGAGACUGUGGUUCUUCCACCCUUAAAACAAUUGUUUGUUCUGUGGCUGGUAGCUGCAGACCCACCUGAUCUGACUGACAGAAUAUGAGGUUUGUCAAAAGUGAAGUUACAAAUGCAUCACAAAAACAAAUGUAGCACAGGUCUUGAUGUUGAUAGCAUGUAGUGAAGCAGCAUCCUGAGUCUUUACAGUUUCUGCUUGCACAUGUUGCACACUUAACUUUUUCACUGCACCUCGCAUAAAUCUGUUCUUGGUUCUGUGGCUCUGACUUUAUGUUUAUAUUAUUCAUGUGCACUUAUACUGAUUAUAAGGACCAGAUAUAUAUUUUGAGUUCUUAAUGUGCUAGGGCAGGCUUCAGUUAACUACACGAGCUGUAUUCAGGAGAUGAACAUAUUAAAAACACAAUUCAUGUCGUC